CUUUGGUCCCGGUGGGACUCAGGCCAAGAAACGUAACUUAUGGGACCAGACCAGUCUUGCAACACCCCCAAGGUGGCGGCCGCUGCAGAAGCUUGCCCCGCUUACAUCAGCUGGUCCGGCCUGCCCCGCGAUCACAUGCCUGUCGUGUCGUGUAUUUUCUCGACUCCACCAGAGCUCGAUGACAAGACUUCCAGACAACUCGCAGCUCGCAAGAACUAACACACGUCUAACGUCAAUUCUCGUCUCGCAGCUUUCGAGCAGGUUGUCCGAUCCAUUACUCUCCUUUGCAGCUAUAGAUUAGCUAGUCAUUCCCUUCGCAUCUACCUCCCUUCCCUUUUAGCCUACCUCCUCCUCGUCUCCCACCCACCCCUACCCAUAGCGAGGUCGCGAGCUUCCUAACACCAAGCGGAGUCAUAAAUCAUAAUGAGAUCCUAAUUUCGAAAAGUACAAUGAGCUGGUUGAGCUCAAGCAACGCCGUACUCCAUCCACUGUGCCUGUCUCAUAUUCACAGCCAGCUGCAUUUCGGAUCUAUAACAGCGGUGCUACUACCUUGGAAGGAGACGCAUUACCUAUAAAAGCCGACUGCUGGAGAGGUGUUCUUUGCAGCAUCCAUGGGGAAGCCUCCAGCAGUUAUCAUCAUUGCGAGGCAUGGCGCCCGGUUGGAUGCGGUGGACAAACAGUGGCAUCUAACAUCACCUACCCCGUACGAUCCUCCUCUUACAUAUGGCGGUUGGAAUCAAUCCCGCGCACUCGGUAUUCGGAUAGGUAACCUGCUUCGAGCUAGAGAAGAGCCUGUCACCCCUCAAUCAUCCAACCCAUAUGGAAAUAAUAGCGUGGAGGAUAAGGCGGCGGUAGUGGGGGGUAACAAUGGCGAGGGUAAUCAAUCGGGCACACCAAGACAGGCCAGAAAGCAGAGAAUAAUUAUCCAUACUUCUCCCUUUCUCCGCUGCGUGCAAACCGCUAUCGGAGUGAGUGCCGGCAUGAGGCUAAGCAAAAAUUCCCCUCUGAACCGCAGUCAAUCUUCACCAUAUAAACAUCACCGGUUGCAUUCGGGUUCCCCCGUCACGCGAGGCAGCGACUCAAACCAGCUUUCAGCCAUCCCAGAACCAAGCAUUAGCCUUUCCCUGUCCAGGCUAGCCAUCGAACCGACUGAAACCCCCGUUCCAAAAUACAAACUGCGGCUUGACGCAUUUCUCGGAGAAUGGCUCUCUCCGGACUACUUUGAGCAGAUUUCGCCUCCUCCAAGUUCUGUGAUGAUGAUUGCGGGUGCAAAAGCGGAACUUCUGCGUCGUGGAGAACCAAUCGAAGCUGGUAUUGAGGCUGGUGGGAAAUCAAUGUUUGGCCACUUUCCCGGGGGCUGGACUAACCAGUUUACCACCGGCGCCUCCGAACGUCAUGACGAUGAAACUGGUGAUGGGAAUGGGAAGGAUGGAGAAGCCAUCAAGCAGACAGCUCCCAAGGCUUAUGCGCUUGCGCACAGGAAUCGUUCUGGCAGCUUUGAUACGGGUGCAAAUGGCGGUAUUAAGCCGACGGGGGUUGGCAUUUCGAAAAUUCAAACCGACCUCCCAGCAGGCUAUUCGGGAUACGUUCCUCCCGUUCCCACCUAUUCUAUUUCACCGUCGGACCCUAUUCCCGCCGGGUACGUAUCCCAUGCCCGUGAUGCUUGUGUUGACGUCGAUUACCAGUGGGACAGCAUGCGCGAACCCCAAAAUUGGGGCAAUGGGGGCGAAUACGGUGAAGAAUGGAGCGCUAUGCACGAUAGAUUUCGCAACGGGCUCCAACGUAUGAUAGACUGGUACAGAUCUGACGGUCCAGGAAUUUCUAGUACUUCCGACGCGACUAAACAGGAGGGGGCAGGGGAAGAGCAGGAAGAUGCUACGGAGACUAUUUUAAUUCUGAUAUCUCAUGGAGCUGGCUGCAAUGCGCUCAUUGGUGCACUAACAGGCCAGCCAGUCUUGCUUGAUGUUGGCAUGACUUCACUAACCAUGGCAGUCAGGAAACCUGAAGCCGUAGAGCCGUCUGACCAAGGUACCGCAGCGGUACCCACUUCGUAUAGAAAACAACAUUCCGGGUUGAAGGAGCUGGCAGACGAGUAUGAGAUGAAAUUCCUUUCCUCAACAGAGCAUCUCCGCGCAGGCACCAGCUCCUCGCGCUCAUCGUCACCCCUGGACUCUUCUCCGAGGGUACUACCAUCCCCGAUUUCCUCCUACCGGCAUCGGUUUGGAUCUACUUCCGGCUCUAUCAGCUCGCAGGAAAAUUUUGCCAUCGGGGAUUCUAUUAUUCGAAAGCCAAGUAACUCAAGAGGGUCAGGCCCGCCAUACUCUCGCGCAGCUUCUGCACGAAAGCCAUCAUCUCCAGGACUUUGGGGCUCUGUGUCACCAACAACAUCCGCCGACGCUGCUGAAUCAGCGGACGAUAUCAUUCCCAAUUUCGAGGAUCCAAAACCAAGCGCCGGAGAUAAUGCCUCGGACGAGACGACUGGCCAACGACCGUCAAGAUCGCUCUCCCAGCAUGGUCUAUGGGGUAGCGUUUCGCUCCCAACGCGCGAGCCGCUGAGCAAACGCCGAUGGACAAUGACUGAACGGAAUCCCUGAGAAUAGAUUUAUUAUUUAUUCAUCUUCUUUAUUAAAUUAUAUUGCUUUUUCUUUGGGCACCUACUCACUCCACUUCUCGCUUUUAUGUUUGCGCCUGGGGAUAUAUUUCGACACCUACUCGAGCUCAACCCUCAGUAUUUGCUUGGUUGUUUACGGCCGCUACUCUAUAUAGAUAUAUAUGGAUAAUCGGGAAGUACUAAACUGGGGUUUUCCGGGACCUUUUCUUAUUUUCCCUUUUCUUAUUUUCCCUUUCCUUGUUUGCCUUAAUUACUUACUUGCCUUUUCCUCCCUCCUCCCUCUUGUUCUUUUCCCAUUUUCCCUAGGUUUGACAUUUUCGAGCAGGUGUGAUAUUCCCAAGUUGAUCUCUACUCUGUUUUCCUUUAGCGAUGCGUUUAUUUGGCUGAUGGGAGUUUUAUGGGAACUCAUGGGGAUUACAUGAUGCUGAUUCUUUAUUCUUUUUCGUUUCACUUUUUUUCUUUUUUCUUUUCUUUUUCUUUUGUAAUCCCUUGGAUGAUGAAUGUGACGCGUUCAUGCCACUAUGAAAUAUAACCUAUACACAUAGCAGUUAUGUUAAUUUAAAAACCACAAUAAAUAAGGACUUUUUGGUGGGAUGCUGCGGAGGGGCUGUAGCACAGGCCUCUUCAAGUUUAAGGGUAAAUAUCAACUUUGGUCUGGUUGUAUGUCGUUGGGAAUGAAUUAUUUUGCGAAUAAAUCAAUGAAUGUGAGGUACAUGUACAACUAAUCGGAGCCAACAGUUGUAGCUGAAGCGAUAGUUAACUAGUUAGUUGGUGUUCGACAAAACAAAGACACGCAAGUAGAAUAGAG